AUGAUCAGGCAUUAUCGAGCAAAUUUGCCAGUAAGAGACAAGUAUAAUAGAUCCUUCUCCACUUCUCUUGAUCACCUCUUUCCGAUACUAUUUGCAGAGUACCAGUUAGUUGGCACCAAUUACAAUGCGGUGCCCGACAUCCAAAUGUUCCGACCGAUGGUACUUCUCCUCGUGCAACGCCUAGAACCACCAUCCGAAAAGGACUUGACGGAAUAUCCUACAAAGACGGGGGAAUUCGUCGAGUCUGCUCACCCUCCAUACAAUUUCCUGGAGAGAUGGCUUGGCAUGUCGCAAUUGACUCUGGGCAACGAGGAGGGCGGUACGAGGACAGGGACGAAGAUGACAAUGAUUACGAAUGUGACGAUCAGGGUGACGGAGAAGAGGAUGAAGAUGAUGGUUACGUGA